AUCUAUUCCAAUGUAGACGUGCCACCAGCUAUGAUUGGUUGAUGUUCCUGACCACCUGACUGACGUAUAACGUAGACGGUGCAGUCUAUGAAGGCGGAAGUCUUCUUGUGAUGACAUUUGUUUUGGAAAAAAGGCUAGUGGAAGAAAAAUGGAGCCAAAGGCUGAGACUAGUCACAAGCUGGUGUUUGAGAAGGAGGGGGUGUACCUUCACACCAAUGCCAAGAGGAGCAACCAGGACACUACAAUCCCAGGAUUCAUCCGUAUAGUGGAACGGGGUGGGGAGCCAGCUUUGGAGUGGAGCGCACUAGAGGAUGAGGGCCGCAAUGCGGCUGCUGUAUUCUACACUAAAAAGGAUGGAGAAGGUGGGGUGGAGGACACCAACUUUGACCCUGGCUACGAGCCAGACUGGGCAGUCAUCAGCACAGUGAAGAGAGACCGAGUCAGAGAGCACCCCCCCGUCAAAGAGACAAGCCAGUGGUCGUUCUCUCUGCCUCUGUCGGAGCUGUACUCUCUAAGACGGUCCCGUUUCUCCCUGGGCCGUAACUUCCUGGUUUUUACCAGCAGGGGUGGCCACCCCCUCCCUCCUCUGCACUUCCACAGGGGGGGUACCAGGGAGCUGUUGAGGGCCCUGCAGCGUUACAUCAUCCUGGCCCCAUCACCUGUAGAUGGUCGUCUCUUCCUAGCGUAUCCCCAUGGCUCUGGGGCUCUCUCUCAGUCCUUUGAUGAGCUGCACCUCUUUGACGAUGGAAGCUCCGACCUCGUCUCUAGGUUUAUCCAGGACCCUUAUGCCACCACCUUUGGGGGAUUCUCCAAGGUCACCAAUUUCUUCAGAGGGGCUCUACGACCACCAGAUUCCCCCUUCCACCCCCGUGGCCCUCAGGACCACCAUGGGCCCCCCUCAGCUGACGACGAACCAGGCUUUGAGCUCAUCACCUGUGGGGUGGAGCUUGGCCCUAAACCAGACGUAACCAGGGGACAGCCUCUCGACAAAUGGGAGGAGUUCCUGGACCCAGAGGGGCGUGUGAAGGACCCACAGCGAGUCAAAGAGCUGGUCUUCAGGGGGGGUAUCACACCAUCCCUGAGGAAGGACGUGUGGAAGUUUCUGCUGGGUUUCUAUCCCUGGAGUAGUACUGUGAAAGAGAGGGAGGACAUUCUGAGGAUGAAAACAGAUGAGUAUUUCAGAAUGAAGGUUCAGUGGAAGUCAGUCAGUGAAGAGCAGGAGAUGAGGAACUCCCUCCUCAGAGGAUACCGCAGCCUGAUAGAAAGGGACGUGAGUCGGACGGACAGACACAACACCUUCUUCUCUGGCAACGACAACCCAGGCCUGACUCUUCUCAAUGACGUGCUGAUGACAUACUGCAUGUUCAACUUUGAUCUGGGCUAUGUCCAGGGGAUGAGUGACCUCUUGGCUCCUCUCCUGUUUGUCACCCAGAACGAAGUCGAGUCUUUCUGGUGUCUGACAGGUUUUAUGGAGAUGGUGCACCAGAACUUUGAGGAGUCUCAGGAGGCCAUGAAGCAGCAGCUCCUUCAGCUCAGCCUGCUGAUGAAGGCUCUGGACCCUGAGCUCCUUGACUACCUGGACUCCCAGGACAGUGGCUCUCUGUGCUUCUGUUUCCGUUGGUUACUGAUCUGGUUUAAGAGAGAGUUCUCCUUCGAGGACAUCCUGUCCCUUUGGGAGGUUCUUUGGACUCGUCUGCCCUGUGAAAACUUCCAUCUGCUGAUGGCCGCUUCCAUUCUGGAAUCACAGAGGGGGGAGUUCAUCGGCUCUGACCACGACUUCAACACUAUUUUGAAGCACAUCAAUGAACUGACCAUGAAGCUGGAUCUGCAGACAGUCCUACGAGGAGCAGAAUCUAACUACCUACAGCUGGCCUGCUGCAAAGAGCUGCCGGUGAAGGUGCAGGAGGUCAUUGGUCUGUACGUUCCCCCCAGCCCUGAUGACGAGACGAGCCCAGAAUCAGAGUCACAUGAGACGCAGCAGCUUCUCAGCCAAUCACAGGCAGCAGCUACGGAAACGAGCCAGUCAAGUAACAGCACUGCUGCUGCUACAGCACGCCCUUGCCCUAUCUACCCGUAACUCUGAAGGACAGGGUGAUUGACAUGAGGAGAGAAAGCCAUUAACCGAUGUGAGGUGUUUCAUAUAGGAAGAUAUACGCUCGAUGGCAAUUUAAACUUUUUUUUUUAGGUACACCCAUCUAGUACCGGGUCGGACACCCUUUUGCCUCCAGAACAGCUUGAAUUCUUCGGGACAUGGACACGUUGCUCAAUUGAUAUCAAGGGACCUAACAUGUGCGAAGGAAAACAUUCCCCACGCCAUUACUUUACCCGCCACCAGUCUGUACCGUUGACACCAGGCAGGAUGGGUCCAUGGACUCACGCUGCUUACACCAAAUCCUGACUCUGUUGUCAGCAUGACGCAACAGGAAUCGUGAUUUGUCGGACCAGGCAAUGUUUUUCCACUCCUCAAUUGUCCAGUGUUGGUGAUUGCGUGCCCACUGGAGCCGCUUCUUCAUGUGUUUAACUGAUAGGAGUGGAACCCGGUGUGCUCGUCUGCUGCAACAGCCCAUCCGUGAAAAAGACCGGCUAGUUCUGAGGUUCAAGAUGCUGUUCUGCACACCGCUGUUGUAUUGCGCCGUUAUUUGCCUGUUAGCUUGUGUGAGUCUUGCCAUUCUCCUUCGACCUCUCAUCAACGAGCUGUUUUCUCCCACAGGACUGCUGCUGACUGGAUGUUUUUUGUUUGUCUCACCAUUCUCUGUAAACCCUAGACACUGUCCUGCGUGAAAAGCCCAGGAGGGUGGACGUUUCUGAGAUACUGGAACCGGCGCGCCUGCCACCAAUGAUCAUACCGCACUCAGUCACUUAGGUCACUUGUUUUGCCCAUUCUAACAUUCAAUGGAACAGUAACUGGAUGCCUGUCUGCCUACUUUAUAUAGCAGGCCAUGUGGCUCUCUGUCUGUAGGAGCUAACCAUUGAUUGUAUAUUGGAUAAAAUAUUGGAUGAUAUGGGGCAUAGGAGAGAGAGUUUGAUAAUGUACUGUAGUACAGGAUGAGGGUUGCAGACUGUUACCAUCUCUGACAGACGGGGCAUUAUCGAGUGAACGGUGAGAGGUUGUUUUUUUCAUGAAUGUAACUAUCCCAAAAUAUUGAAAUGGUCUAUAUAUGCAGUGCUUUGUCUUUAUAUAAAUACCGCAAUACAUUUUUUUGUUUCCCUUAAGUAUUUUGUGUGUGUCCAAGUUCUGUCCAGUCAUUUAUAUUUCCAUUUGUGCAUCCAUGCCCUCUUCUCUAUUGCUGUCCUUGUCACUCUAAGUAAUUCAAAAUAUAAUAUGAAGAAUAAUCUUACUGACGGAGCAUUACAAGUACUAUACAAUGCCUGCCUUAUAGAGUGUUAUACAUGCAGUACUAUAAUGUUUAAGGUUUUUAACUACCGGUAUUAUGUCAUAACAAUAUUUUCACUUACCUGAAAUGCUUGUACGUAUAAGAGAGAGAUCGAAUUGCAAACAAUGAAAGAUUUACCGGAAACCUAAAAUACAAGUAUGUAUUUGAAGUGGGGAAACUGUUUGUUGUGGUAACUGUUUGAUUGUAUUACUAUUUAUUGAUUGCAUUUCGUAUUUAAUAAUUGUAUUUUAUAUGUUCUGCAGGGCUCAUUUGGAAAAGAGGCCUGGAUCUUAAUGACUUCCUGUUGAAAUAAAGGUUCAUUCAAAUA